AUCCUUCAAUUCGCAGACAAAUCUCCCUAUUCUCUCUCUCUCUCUCUCUCUCUCUCUCCGUUAACCCUUUUUUUCGGAGAUUUGAUUUUGGUUAAUAUGGCAACUGAGGAGGCGGCUGCAGCAGCAUCAGAAAUUCCGGCGGAGGAGGCGCCCGCGGCGGAGAAGGUGCCGCACAAGCUACAGAGGAAGUGGACCUUUUGGUACGACAAUCUGUCGAAAUCGAAACAGGGCGCCGCGUGGGGCAGUUCUAUGCGCAAGGCCUACACCUUCGACACCGUCGAAGAAUUCUGGUGUUUAUACGACCAGAUAUUUAGACCGAGCAAAUUCCCAACAAAUGCUGAUUUUCACUUGUUCAGAGCGGGAGUUGAGCCCAAAUGGGAAGACCCCGAGUGCGCUAAUGGCGGCAAGUGGGCCGUUAAUUGCAGCAAAAAUGUCAACAUGGAUAACAUGUGGCUUGAAACUUUAAUGGCUCUAAUUGGAGAGCAGUUUGACGAGGCCGAUGAGAUAUGCGGAGUGGUUGCCAGCUUGCGCCAAAGGCAAGAUAAAAUCUCAUUGUGGACCAAAACUGCAGCCAAUGAAGCAGUUCAGAUGGGCGUUGGGAGGAAGUGGAAAGAGAUCAUUGACGUCACCGAUAAGAUUUAUUACAGCUUCCAUGAUGAUUCCAAAAGCCAAAAGGGAGGAAGCAAAGGUCGAUACGGUGUGUGAACAAAGAUCCCGAUGUAUAUCGACGAGCAUGUUUCUGGUCUAUUUUCCAAACCUUGGUGUCAAUUUCAUUUACAUUUUGUCUCAGUAUUUUACCUCUAUGGUGGUUGUUUUCAUCAUACAUUGAGUUAGUUUAUGUAAUCUCAGCACUUUUCAAGAUUGUCUCGAGCACCGUUUUCUUGUCGAAUUCUUUGAAAAAAAAAAAAUUAA